AUGGAAGAUAAAGCAAUCAAAAGAAAAACUACGAAUAAGGAGUCAAGAAGACAACAAAGUGUGGUAUACACUUUAACAUCAUUAUCUGGAGAACGAAAGGUUGUUUGUAAAAAAAUAUUUUUGAAUACUCUAUCGAUUUCAGAGCGUACAGCUCGAACUGCUUUAAGCAAAGUGAAAGAGUGUGGAAUCUUGGAAGCAGAUAAAAGGGGAGGAAGGCAGAGAAAAUAUGAUGAGAAAAAACGAGAGGAAUUCAUAAGAAAGGAUAUAAGUGAGCAUAUUGAUAGAUUCCCCAGAGUAGAAUCUCAUUAUUGCCGUGCUAGCAUUAUCAAAAUGUACUUACACCCAGAUUUGAAUUUAAGAAAAAUGCAUGCUAUGUAUUUAGAUGAAUUAGAGAAAGUUGGAAGAGUAGAAAAACCAAGUUUUCAUACCUAUAGAAGAGUAUUUAAGGCCAAAAACUUAUCUUUUCAUUCACCAAAAAAAGAUCAGUGUUCCCUUUGCGUGUCUUAUAGGGAAGGCGACGAUACCGUUAAACAUAAAUUAAAAGCUCGAUACGAUCUUCAUAUUGCCGAAAAGCUAUAUCCAAUAAUAAGUCUGGCACGAAUAAACAGCCCUUAUAAGGUUGUUCCAAUGAAGUUCAGCGACUUUAAAGAUUAUAAGUCGUUAUCAAAAGAUCUUAGAAUCCUGAGUAUUAGAACCAGCGAAAGUGGCAAGAACGUUAAGUGGACCGAUGUAAUGGAAGUGUUAGUUACACAAGCUUCCCCGCUAAAAAUAUUUUUCAAAAACAGCCAGAAUACGACUGUAUAG